AUGUGGUUGGAAAUCACGAAAACCAGUGCGCUUGGUGCAGACGAGCUGGGUGCGAUUGGUGCAGGAGAACUUGGUGCGCUUGGGGCUGAUGAACUUGGUGCACUUGGUGCAGACGAGCUGGGUGCGCUUUGUGAUCCAGAACCAGAUCCUAUGCCUAUUCCUAAGCCGAGUCCAGCGCCAACUCCUAAUCCAGAGUCACUUCCUUUACCUGCUCCAACUCCUAAUCCCAAACCUACUCCUGCACCACUAGAUGGUUGGGCAGAACUUGGUGCGCUUGGGGCAGACGAACUUGGUGCGGGAGAGCUUGGUGCACUUGGUGCGGGAGAACUUGGUGCGCUUGGUGCUGAUGAACUUGGUGCGCUUGGGGCAGACGAGCUUGGUGCACUUGGUGCAGGCGAGCUGGGUGCACUUGGUGCUGACGAACUUGGUGCGCUUGGUGCUGCAGAAGUGCUAGAUGGUCUAGGACUUGGGCUUGGACGGUUUCGUGGUAGUGGUACAGGUAUUCUUGGUCUUGGUUUUAUUACUGGAACGCUUUCAUCAUCAUCUCCUACAUCUUCUCCUGCACUAACAUCUAAACUUGCUCCUGAGCCUACACCUACUCCUAUUCCUGCUCCAGAUCCAAUGUUGUUACCUGCACUUGCUCCUAAACUUGCUCCUGCACCUACAUUGGCACCUACAUUUAGUCCUUUUCCUACAUUACGUCCUGCACUUGCUGCUACGUUUGAAUCUGAUCCUACAUCAUUACCGAUUCCUAGACCGGAUCCUAUAUUAUGUCCUGCACUUACUCCAACAUUAGAAUUUUCUCCUACAUUGCUACCUACUCCCAUAUUGUCUCCAAUAUCUUUUCCUGCGCUUGCUCCUAUAUUGGAUCCUUUACCUACACCGCGACCAAUGCCUACAUUGGAUCCAACAUUUCGUCCUGCGCUUGCUCCUAAAGUUGCUCCUUUUCCGGCAUUGGAUCCGAUGCCUACAUUAGAUCCAAUAUUUUGUCCUGCACUUAAUCCUAUAUUAGACCAUUGUGCUGCGUUGUUAGCUAUUCCUAGACCGGAUCCUAUAUUUUUUCCUGCGCUUACUCCUACACUAGAAUCUUCACCUAUACUGUUACCUAUUCCUAGAUUUCCUUCAAUAUUUUUUCCUGCUGUGGCUCCUAUAUUAGCUUCAGAACCAGCAUUUUCGCCAAUUCCUAGACUUGAUCCAAUAUUACGUCCUGCAGUUGCUACUACAUUUCCUGCUUUUCCUACUGCAGAAGCUAUUCCUAGACCCUCUCCAAUAUUGUUUCCUGCAUUGGCUCCAAUACUAGCUCCAUAUCCAACUGAUGCUCCUAUUCCUGCACCAGAUCCUAUAUCUUUUCCUGCUCUUAUUCCUACACGUGAUGAUAAUCCUACUGAAUUGCCGAUUGCUAGUCCUGCUCCUAUAUUGUUUCCAGCACUGAAUCCAACACUGGCACCAGCACCUACUCCAGCACCUAUUGCUGGACCAGAUCUUGCACUUUUGGCUGGACUCGAAGAUGGUAGAAUCUGUGUUAUUUAA